CCAGCCCCGCCCCCGCCGCCCCACAAGGCCCCGCGCGGCCCCGCCCGUCCCUCUCUCGGCGCGGCCUGCGCCAUCGCGGACCGACACCAUGCCUGCUCUCAGACCUCUUGUGAAACCUAAAAUCGUCAAAAAGAGGACCAAGAAGUUUAUUCGCCAUCAGUCUGAUCGCUAUGUUAAGAUCAAGCGCAACUGGCGUAAACCAAGAGGUAUCGACAACAGAGUUCGCAGGAGGUUCAAAGGUCAGAUCUUGAUGCCAAACAUCGGUUAUGGGAGCAAUAAGAAGACAAAGCACAUGCUGCCCACAGGAUUCAGAAAGUUUCUGGUCCACAAUGUUAAAGAACUUGAGGUGCUUAUGAUGAGUAACAAGUCGUACUGCGCAGAGAUUGCUCACAACGUGUCUUCGAAGAACCGGAAGAUAAUUGUGGAGAGAGCAGCUCAACUUGCAAUCAAGAUCACCAAUCCAAAUGCCAGAUUGCGCAGUGAAGAGAACGAAUAAAUGUCUUCUGCAGCUGAGAUAUAUUUAAUAAAGAGUGAAAACAAA